UUCAUACUGCUUUAUCUGCUCACAACAUGACUGUUUAUCUCAGGAUUAUUUAUAUACUCACUGGACUGACAGGAGUUCACAGCAUAACUACAAUCAGUAAAGUGUCAGUAACAGCUGGAAAGUCUGUCUCCAUCCCAUGUCUCUAUGACUCCCGAUACAUGAACUACGUGAAGUACUUGUGUGAAGGAUAUUAUUGGAACUACUGCAGCUAUGUUGUAAAAACAAACAAGCCAGAUGGUUCAGGAAAAUAUUCAAUCUCUGAUGACAAAAACCGGAAAAUAUUUACUGUGACUAUAAACCAGCUGACAAAUAAAAACACUGAUUACUGGUGUGUGGUGGAGAUUAAUGGAGGUUCGGAUCAUGGAGAGUCUUUUCAGCUGUCAGUUUCCAGUGGUACCCCCAGUCUCUACGUGGAUCAUCAGCACAUUACAGGAUAUAUUGGAGAAAACAUAACCAUUAGAUGUCACCACAGUAACUCUGGAGGAAUGAAGUGGUGCAGGCUGGGCAGGAACUGUGUGACAGGAUCAUCUGGAUCCAUAGAUGGAACAACAGUGACCAUUCAUACGACAGAGCCAAAUGUUUUCACAGUGACCAUGAGUGGACUAAAGCCAGAGGACAGUGGCUGGUAUUGGUGUGCUGAAGGAGACAUUCAGAUACCAGUACAUUUAACUGUUACUGAGAAACUGAUCACUACCACUGACCAUGUGUUGACUGCCACAUUAAAAAAUGAACAAGAGAGAGCUUCAUUUGACCCAAAGAUCCUCAUCAUCCCUCUGAGUGUGCUGAUCCUGAUUGUAAUCGUGGUGUUGUUCAUCUGGCUUUUACUGAGACACAAGCAGAGCAAAGCAGAGUCAUCAGCCACAGCAAUGGCUGAAGUGGAAGUAACAUACUCUGAAGUUAGAACCAAGAAAAGAAGUUCAGACAAGGUGGACAAAGAAGUAACACACUCCAAUGUGGGUAACAUGAGACGAACACGUGAGGGUGAAGAAAAAGGCACAGAAGUUACAUACAGCACAUUAGCUAAUCACCGAUCUUUAAAUUCUUAAAUAUUAGAACUUUUUGUAUUUUUAUCUUUUUUUAUCUGAAACUAGUACUGCA